CGCCGCUCUCUCCGGCACUCUCUUCCUGCGCAGCAGCAGCGCAGCAGCAGUUAACGGUGCAUGUGAAAAAGUCCCCUCACAAACGUCGUGAAAAUCGAAAUCGAUAAUUGCUAGAGGUAAUGUAACAACAUUUAAUCGGAGCUCGAAUAGAAAAAAAACAAAUCGUAGAGUGACCCGAUUGCUGUAGACAAAGCCCCAAGAUGCAGCCGCCGCCGCGUAAGGGUAACUAUGUGAAAUUCCUCAAGAAUUUGCACACGGAGCAGGUGGCCAAGCUGCAGUUAAAGAACCAGCAUGAAUGCGACCUGUUGGAGGACAUCCGGCAGUUUACCAUCAAACGAUCGGCUGUCGAGAAGUCGUACAGUGAGUCCCUGCUCAAGAUCUCAUCGCAGUAUCUCAACAAGAAGAUACCCAAUAUACCAGAUAUUAAGAUGGAUGGCAUGGAGGAGCGCUGGAACAUGUGGAGUGUUUGGCGCACAGUGCUUGAGGAGAACGAAAAGCUGGCUCGGGCUCGAUUGGCCGCUAUAGAGGUGUUCCAACAGCAGAUCGCCGACGAGGCCAAGGUCCUUCGGGACUAUAAGCUGGCCAUAGCAAAGCGCUCGCUAUCCGGAAUAGUCAAUGUGCAGAAGGAACUCCAUUUGAGCGUGGGUGAUGUGGACAAAACCAAGAAAUCUUAUUUUGAUGAGGAGCACUGUGCUCACGAUGUUCGGGAUAAAGCCCGUGAUAUUGAAGAAAAGCUUAAAAAAAAGAAGGGAUCCUUCUUUCAAUCAAUCACUUCGCUGCAGAAGAACAGCGCCCGGGUCACAUCUCGCAAGGAGUUGCUCGAGGAGAAGUCCUCUGGGGCCCGGAAUGACUAUGUACUCAGCUUGGCCGCGGCCAAUGCCCAUCAGAAUCGCUACUUCACCGUCGAUCUGCAGACCACGAUGACCACCAUGGAGAACUAUGUCUUCGAGCGGGUCGCCGAGUACCUGAUGCUAAUGGGGCGAACAGAGUUGCUGACCUGUUCGGCCACUCAGAACAGUUUCGGGAAAAUCCGUGACCAGGCGCAGCAGUUGACCCGAGAGUACAACCUGCAGUGCUGCUACCUGUUUUAUCCGGUGCUCAAGCAGCACAUCCAGUACGACUUCGAGGCGUGCGACAACGAUCCGGUGCGCAAGGUGACCGCGGAGCACGAGUCCGCCGCCGAGACGCUGACCAAGGAGGCCAAGAAUCUGGCUGGAAGGGUGGUGAAGGAGAACGCCUCCAUCCGGGAGAACGCCAAGAAGUUGGCUCUGUGCCAGUCGCUGCGGGAUUCAGGCCAGCGUAGCGAUCCCAACGAUCCAAACGGACCUGAUCUGGACACCAAGAUCGAGGAGUUCCGUGAUCAAAUCCGGCGAUCGGAGACGGAGAAGACCAAGGCGGAGGCUUGCUUGCAGUGCCUGCGAGAUGGUGGCAUCAACGUGGACGAGUGGGUGCAGGAGGCCGAGAUUAUGGGCGUUCAGGAGCUGACGCGUUCGGCUAGCUCCAUUUCGAUGCGCACCGAUGCCUCCGGCCAGGGCGAGAAUCCCAGCUCGGAUUCCUUCUACGACAGUGACAAAGAGGAGACCCAGGCUCAGGCAGCCGCCCAGACGAAGCCCAAGCAGGAGCAACAACUAUCCAGGGAUCGCACCUUUAGCGACAGUGACGAUGAGCCCGAGGUGCGUCCAUCGGCGGUUGCAGCAUCUUCGGCAGCUGCUGCUUCCUCAUCCGCAAUGGCCAGUAGCGCCGGGGCCUGGGAUGAUCCCACUGAGGUCAACUGGGGAGCUGGAGAGGAGGAGGAGGACAAGGAUGAACCGAUUGUCCCGGAGCCCAAAGAGGCCAUAUUCAAGUGCACUGCGCUCUAUAGUUAUACGGCCCAGAAUCCUGACGAGCUCAGCAUUGUCGAGAACGAGCAACUCGAGGUGGUUGGCGAGGGGGACGGCGAUGGGUGGCUGAGGGCCCGAAACUAUCGCGGAGAGGAGGGCUACGUGCCACACAACUAUCUGGACAUCGAUCAGGAGACAGCGGGCAGCGCCUUUAAUGGUACAUCCGGCAAUCAAUUGCGCUCUCAAAUCUCAUUCUCAUCUGUCGAUUAUACCGUUGACAAUGAAGAUCAGACGGUGGACUCGAUGCAAUCGCCCGACCAGGUGUCGGUCAUCAUGGCGCCCCAGAAGCGGGUCAAGUCGGACGUGGAGUGGUGCAUUGCGCUGUACGACUACGACGCCACCGCCGAGGAUGAGCUGACCUUCGAGGAGGGCGACAAGAUCAAGAUCAUCACCAAGACCGCCCACGGAGUGGACGAUGGGUGGUGGGAGGGCGAGCUGGACGGCAAGUUCGGCAACUUCCCCUCGCUGGUCGUCGAGGAGUGCGACGAGUUGGGCGAACCACUCAGCGAGGGCGGCGACGAGUCGCCUCCGCCCACCGCGGCGCCCAGCUUUGCCCUGCCCCCUGCUCCGGCACUGCCGCCAGAGUACGCCCACGAACUGGAGUUGGAGCUCACUGAGGACAUGUUCGGGUCCCAGGACACGGCAGAUGAGGAUAGCGGCUAUAUACCCAACGGCGCUGCUGCCCCGAGUAUGCCUCCACCAGGCCAGAACCAAAGCCAAACCACUGCCAAGAAGGUACUCAUCCAAGAGCCUGGCAUGGAGGACGAUCUCAGUGACGAUGGGCAGCCGCCGCCGUCGCUGCCGCCGCCCCAGUUGGCAAAGCCGGGCGGACCCGUCCAAGGAUCGGGGAAUAAGGGCGACAAGGGGGCGGCGGCUAGCGGCGCCAACACGCUGAACUUAGGUAUGGCACAAAUAAUUGUUACCGCUGCAACCCCCAUGGUUGAAGACGGUGCCGAUAAAUCUUUCCCACCAGUAGGCGAGAGCGAUGAUCAGCCGGAGCAGGCGUCCAAGGAGCAGCCGGCGGAGGUGGCCAAAAAGCCAGACAUUGCGCCCAAGCCGGUGGCCAAGGUAGCGGCCCAGACCUCGGCGGCCAAAGAAGGUAAUCCUGGAGUGCGGCCCGUGGUGAGCAUAACACUGACCGAGUAUCCAUCCUGUGAUGCAGAGGACCAACAGUCCUACUCGGAGGGCACUGACUCGGCCUCGGUGGCCGAUGUGCCGGCCCUGCAGGAUGCGGAGGAUCCGUUCAACGAGAAGGCCAAGGGCGAGUCCGGCGGCGGAUCGGGAUUUGAGGCCAACUUCGAGGCCAACUUCGAUGCCAACUUUGACGACGCCUUCGCGGGAGGCGGAGGAUCCGGUUCCGGCGGAGGUGGGGGCGGUGGGGGACAGUCCAGCGAACUGGACGUUAAUGGAGAGGCAGCAGGAGAAUCGGGAUCAGGAUCUGCGGCCGGCGAGGAGGAUAUUGAGGCACCCAAACAGGUGGUCGGUGGGCGAGCUAGCAUACCCGAGGAAUUGGACUCAAAUCAAUUGGCACACGACCAUGAGCAUGAUAUAUACUAUAUAGACUAUAGCCACGGACAGUUAUAGAGCGGAUCAGCGGAACACCACAGCCACAACCACAACCACAACCACAACCAAACCCCACAACACUUGAAAGCAUUUUGAUCUCACACCCAUCCUACAACCUAUCCAACAAAUCCAAACACACAGAUGAUAUAUAUAUAGCCUGACUCAGACGGACUAGCAACUUAUCGAUCGGGUAGCGGAAUUAGAUUGUAGUAAGCUCUAUUGAUUGGAUAUUGUCGCAUAAGUACGUAAAUAGUUCAUUUUGGCUGCCCGAUUCACAUACAACGACACAAUAGCAGGAUAUAGAAUAUAUGUACUUGUAUCAGGUCGGAAUCCCUAUCCACUCCUUUUCACGUACAGCGCUCAAAUUGUGUACAUCCAUUUGAAUACUUCUUCUGACUGCCUCUGGGGUUAUAGUUAGACAUCAACUGGGCCUUCAUAAACAAAACCACCAUACGAUAUAUUACUAUAUAAAUAUAUACAUAAUUAUGUUAGUUUGUAAUGUGUUAUACCCUCAGACACGAAUGGAAUACAUUGAUAUAUUAUAAAUGGAAUAUUGUAACGUUUUGAAAGACAAUUACUUAUGUAGCACUCAGACACGGGUCUUUGAAUAUCUGCAUCCACAACUAAUCGAGCAAUAAUAUGUAUAUAUAUCUAAGUGAAUUAGAGAAUCCGGUUUAGCAGCAUUAAGUUAGCCAUUUGCUUGAUCUUGCCGCCAACACAAGCCAAUCAACUUUAAAGUCAAUUCAGUUGGUAUUGUUUUUAGCUUCUGUUCGCUCCACUUAGUCUUAGGAUCUCUGCACAUUAUAGUAAAUUAAUCGAAGCCGCAAAUGAAUGUAUUCGAAUCGUAUGACCGGAUCCGGCAGAUAUAUUGUAUUGUUGUAAUUGUAUGCAAAACACUAGCCUAAUUAGUUAAAUGUUUUCCGUGUCUAGUUAAAUGGUCUAAGUUAAUGUUGGAUGCCAGAAAGAAGAUAUUUGAAAUUAGUAAAAAGCCUACUCAAUGCGAGACUUUGUUUGCGAUACUCGAAUAUUAAUGUUCAUAACUCACCAAUUGGAUAACUUCAUAUUCACAUAACCGAUAUUACCGAACAUAGAUAACAAUGGAAAAACCAAUAUAUGUAAGCCGCAAACUGAAUUGUAUGUAAUUUUUGACCCCGCCCAGUGAGUUAAUCAAAGUUUUAUUGUCAUAGUUUGAAAAACCUUCUGUUCGAACAACUAACAAAUAAAAUUUCCACUUUAAAGCAAAAGAAAA